GGAUACUCCCUCCUGCUGCGCACCUGGCUUCGCUCAACCCGCAUUGAUUCCUGCUCUUUGUUUCCCCACUCGCCAAUCUUUUGUUCUUGACGAGCCAGCCCGCCCCCCGAAAACAGAGCCUCGAACGCGGACUGUGUCUCGCAUGGCUUGAGACCGACCCCAAGGACGGACGUGUGCUCACGUCGGACCCAGUCUUCUCGCUAUCCCUAGCCUUCCUUUCGCUCGCCAUCCGCUCCUACUCUCUGUGCCCGUACCGCUCGGGCUCUGGACGUGACUGUGUGAGGUCCAUCUCGCCGUCGCGGUGCCUUCACUGUGUCUUGCGUCGCCAAACCCGCCUCAGGAGGCAGCCCGUCCACCUCUGUUCGGCCCCUUCCCCGACGCCGUUGCAGUCAAUUCGCGCCUCGUUUCGAAAGGGCUACAUAAUCUGACCUGGCAAUCAUGACACGCCCAGGAAUCGUUCGUGCAGACACGAUCGACCUGCAGUCCCAGAACGCUCCCUCUGCGCAGGACCACACUCGCAAGCAGCAUAGUGCCGCGUCGACCGCUCCCCAUCAGGCCGCCGAGCUACGGCAUGUGCAGGAGGAGCGACAUAGCGAAGAGGAUACACUACCAAACGCUUGGCAAUCAGCCAACGGGCUUAGCGACGAACCCCCCGACGACGACGGCGACGACGACGACGACGACGACGACGUCAUGCGUGACGAUCAGCGCGCUGCCCAGCAAGAUGCCGCCCAGCGCAAUGGUCAAUCUGAAGGCACGGACGCAGAAGGAGAUGCGGAUAUGGAUGACGACCUGAUGGACAAGAUUUCGAGUUCGCCGUCAAUCAGCGAUGGUGGGUAUUCUCAUUUUACUACUCCUACAAAGUCCGCACCCUAUCUUUGGCCUCAGCGGUCGUCUUCGUUGUGCGCUGCAACCCCAUCGCUCAGUACAUCGGUAUACCGAGACAAUCAAUGUACCAAAUCACCCAUCGAGAACAACUUGAAUCCGUCGUCGCCUUGUAUUUCCCCAGCGGCUCAAGUUUCUACGCUGAGACCAGCAAGCCCUUUUCCAUUUUGUUCAGCUUUCAGCAAGUCGCGAUCACGGCGUCCAUGCACGCCAUCGUGUGAAGAGACGGAGCUGGAGUCUGAACAAUCAUCUUCGCCUUUCAUUGAGUCACCCGCACAUUUUCCUCUUCAUUACGACACUAUCAGCAAAAAGGUACAGUUACAAGGUCAUCAUCAUAAUCAAGAGGUCGCUGAAGCCGAAACUGUUCACGUCGAGCAAGGUACAGUAUGGACUGUUGGGAAUCAUGGCAAAUCUGGCGAGGAAACCGGACACGGGAUCAAGAUUGGAGCUGUUGUUCCGCUGAAAGAUGAAGAAUGCGAAUUGCAAGCGCAGAACUUUUUUCAGCAGCCGUUGCUUGAGAAAUCGGCAUCGGAUAUCGAAUUAGAAACCCAACUUCUUCCUAUUGAUGAUCCGCUAUUAGACGACGACAUCCUUAUCGAGCCUCAAAAGUGCAACGCAACUCACUUCGACGUAAAACAUGACGAUGAAGAUGAUUGGGAAACGGAAUCAGAUACGCAGUGCUCGGAUGACAGUUUCGACAGCGAAACCUACGACAGCGAUGAUGAUGAGACUUGCGACUGCAAACUACCUGCUGAUGAUCGUUUCAUUGAAUUUGGCUGGAGCGGAAAGUGCUUACGAGAAAUAGAGGAUAUCGACUUCGAAUUCGUUUACGCGCUACAUACAUUUGUCGCCACUGUUGAAGGACAGGCGAAUGCUCAGAAAGGUGAUACCAUGGUGCUACUUGAUGACAGUAACAGUUAUUGGUGGCUCGUCAGAGUUGUGAAAGAUAGCACCAUAGGCUAUCUUCCUGCCGAACAUAUCGAAACGCCUACAGAGCGGUUAGCACGGCUGAACAAACACAGAAAUGUUGAUCUUUCGCAAACAAUGCUCGGGGACGCAACCGAGAAGACCAAGAAUCCAUUGAAAAAGGCUAUGAGACGGCGCAAUGCAAAAACUGUGCAGUUCACAACACCGACCUACAUCGAGCCUUCCGAGUAUGAGUACACGACUGAUGACGACACGGAUGACGACAUGAGUCUUACGAAUGGGAGCUCUGGAGGCCAGGUUGAGCAAUCCAAGGAGCAAACUGCUAGCGAUUCUAAAAAAGACGAAAUCGCGACUGUAGCGCCACUCAAAGUCAAGGAUAAGAAGAGGGACGGGUCGCCCGAGAAGAAGGCCAUCGCAGACGACGAAGAAGGUGAUCGAAGGAAAAAGAUUGAUGAAUCACGGACCAGUGACGAACAGUUUGAUCGUGAAUACAAUGCCACUGCACAGAAGCAGUCUCGUAACGGAACACCUCGGAAUACAGAUUCAUUCUUCCGCGAUGAAAGCAUUGAGACACGGAAGAUCACACUUACCCCUAACAUAUUACGUGAUGACUCGAGCAGCAUAACUAGCCAAGGUAAAAACUCACUAGACCGAGGACCAAGUCUAGAGCUUUUGGAAAAGGAUCCAAAACCCGGAAAGGGAGGCAAGAAGGAGAAAAAAUCCGGUAUGCUCAGUGGUCUCUUCAAACGAAAGGAAAAGAAGGGCAAAGCGGACGAUGUCAGCAGCACAAAAAGCAAACUGUCAGGAGAAAUCCUCCGAGAAUCACCUUCUUCUGAAGAAGCUUCACCCAUCGAACGCCCAGGCACUGCUGAUGGAGCGCUUUUAUCCCGGAGUGCGAGCAAGGGCAAAUUGCAAAAAACCCCCCCCAGUGGGAGCCCUCCUGGCACACUCUCACCAGAUGCCAACUCCGCGCAAAAGAAGCCUAGUGCAGAGUCAAUGUCUGCAACAUCAUCAACUCAGUCAACCCCACGAUCAGGUUCUCCAACCAAUCAUGAUUCAAGUUUGCAGAAAUCAUCAUCACUCCGCGCGCGUGCUCAAGAGAGCAUUUCAAGCAGGCUUCGAGCGUCCUCUACGUCUGAGGGAACAAAGCCAACGAAAGUUACUCGCGCAAAGACGAGGGAAGCCUUGGACGUCGAUUCAUCCCCGGAUGAGGAAACAAACGACCCAUUUGCUGAUUCUGAAAUGGUCAGCCAAGCUGACGACAGAUUAGCAGUGCCACCAGGCCCCGGCAAGCUCGGUGCUAUGAGUUCUACAGAGCGGUUGUCUGAGUCGCCCGUGCACAUCACGUCUGCGGAUGCCAUGCCGGAAAAUGAACCACCUGCUCUUGUUGGAGACACUUCAUCAAGCUCCUCUGACGAGUUAACAUCUCUGCGAUCAUCCCCGUCCCCACCAAUGACUUCUGAUCGCCAUCUCUCCCCACAAGCGUCCUUGGACAGCAUGACCUCGCCCCCGCAACCGGCAUCUAUUACAUUCGCCAAGCAAGUCACCAGUCCACCAGCUCGACAACCGCCUCAACAGCCGGCGGAAGCAAAGGAUGCAGCGCAACGUGGAUCAUCUCCGACGCGGAACAAUAGCACAUCUACAACGAAUUCCACAUUAUCACCUUCUACAAGCAGCAGCACUCCCACCUGGAGCGAUGCUCACUUAAGGGCGUACAUGGAUAGUACAGACGACAUAAAGGAUUUGCUUGUCGUAGUUCAUGACACUAGUGGAGUAGUGCCUGUCGGGCCUGAUCAUCCAUUAAUGAGCAACUUAUUCGUAGAGGAGCGAGGGAAGGUAAAAGAGCUGGAGACUGCAUUAGACAAGAUGCUCAAUCAAUGGUUGGCGAAGAAGAGGAGUAUGAGUCCAAAUGGACUAGCGAGAAAAGGAAGCACUCCCACCCAAGGAAGCAGGCUAGUCAUUCAACAGACCAACUCAUGACAGUAAAGCCAAGAGCCUAUUUGGCAAUCUUUCUAACGACGCAUGGAAAUGAGCAUGGAGUUUGCAGGGUGUUAUGGAAAGCACAAGCUAUCUCAGAUCUCCUUUGUAUGGCGCAGGCUUCGCUUCUUCUUUUCACUUCGAUCAGCAUGAAGCUGUUGUGCAUUUUUUCAUGCAUAUUAUACCAUACCUGCCCUAGCUGGCAGAGCUUUUUGAUGUUUUUUUUUUGUGGGGGGGGAGUUCCAGCAGAGGACAUGAUUGCAUGAUUGAUCCACAUGGGAGGUCAUAGUGCGAGCAAAACGCAGUGUGCUGUGUAUCAUAAUCAAGCGAGCAAGCGAGAGAAGCACAAUGAAAAGGUGGUACUGCGCCGUGGUGAGAGAUCGUUUCAUCUAGAUUCCUUUCGCCUAAACGCGACGCUCAUCAACUAUUCCCAUAUCUAUGUAGACUCUUUUAGUCGAUCAAAGUACUUGGCAAGAAUCCUUUGUCUGCAAUCGUUCUUCUCUUUUGCGAAGAGACC